AUGUCAAUUGGCGCAGUUCGACUUCCAACAAGAAAUUCCUCUGAUUAUAGUUCCUCAAGUGAUAUCGAACCACCGCCAGAACCAGACAGACCAAAACUCCCACAAAAAACCGAAGUUGAACAAAAAGAUAAUGAAGAUAACCCUUUUGAAGUUGGUGAAGAGUAUGAAACACCAUCGCCUGCAAAACUAAAUCUCGAGUCCCUUGGUCUUCCUCCGUUAUCAUUUAAUUCUGAUCCGUUUUUAUCUCCAAUCAAUUCAGUGCAAUUUGCAGUUAAAAGACACCGCAUUUGGGUAAGAGGAUUGAAAGGAGUCAAGUUCAUAUUAUCAAUAUCUGGGUUUACUGUUUUAGUUGCAAAAAGAAAGAUGAAAUUCCUUAAACCAACAUGGUAUAUCUCCCGCGCAUUGAAUUACUCACUAGAUACACCCGAUCUUGUUGGAAUACUUAUUAAACAAAGAACGAAAGCAACAUUUAGCUUAUUUGGUCCAAAUGAACGCCAAUCAGACCAUUGCCGUCCAGUUUUAGCUGGCAUUGAUAUCGGUGAUAAAAGAAGAGUUGUUUUAGGUAAAGAUCUUUGGAUAUCUCCAGAUACUGACGAUGUUUUCAAUGCAGGAUUUAAUGAAAAGAACUCUCAACCAUUAACAUCAUCGAAUGGUACAUUUGAUGUUCCUUCUGUUAAGAAUGCACAAUUUUCAGUGGAAGGAUCUGCAGAACCAUGCUUUAUCUCAGCAAAACAAGUCGAUAAAUCCGUUGUUGUUAAUGCUAAAGGACCACUUUCCCUUUGCCAAGCUUUUAGCAUUGCAAUUUCACUAUUCAUGCAAUAA